AUGUCCUUCUCCGGCUAUGACGUUGAGGAUGCGCUUAUGGUGAACAAGGCCUCUCUGGAUCGUGGCUUCGCGCGAGUUGCCGUUUACCGUCGUGCCGGGGCCCAUUUGAAGAUGCACGAUAACGCUGUUUAUGAUCGUCUCAUGGGGCCGACGAUCGACAGAGGUAUGCUGACCAAUGGCGAAUCAGAUCCUGAUUUGUCCAUUUACUAC